CUAAACAGGAAGUGCUGAGAAGCUGAGCAUAGGAACAGGAGUGACAAUAAUGUGCCAGUGAAAGGGAAGCCAGAAGCAUGCAGAAUACUGAGAAAGAUGCAGCAUCUCUGGGGAGCACAAGCUGUUCGGAAGGUAGCCCAACAAUGACAGAACCAGGCUCAGAGUCUCCGCAGAGCACAAAUAAGUCGCAGGCUUUUGAUCUUUUCAAUCUAGUUGUUUCCUACAAGCGGAUAGAGAUAUAUUUGGAACCUGUUAAAGAUACAUGGGAUGGAAUCAAAUACCUUUUGAGGUGGCAAAUGCCGGCUUGUUCUUUGUGUACGUGUUUCACCAUAAAUCUUCUGCUUCUCACGCUAAAUGAAGUUGCGUGGUUCUCUGUGGGUGCUCUGUUCGUCUCCAUACCGGCAUUAAUUGGCUACGUGCAAGAAGUCUCUCAAGUACAACUGCCUGAACCUGAUCUAGUUCGGAGGAAAUAUUACAGUGUCCGACGUGAAGAACUACAGAAAGUCAAGCUCUCCCGGCAGGAGGCAGUAGUGGAGUUUAAAAACUUCUUAAUCCACCUCGAGGGCAUAUUGAAUAUGAUCUGCACCAGCUGUGAGAAAGUCUACCAAGUUCUGUACUGGCAAAAUCCAUCCAUCUCAUUUCAGUUUUAUGGGUUGUUGCUGGGGUCCGUCUGCAUUAUCUAUCUCCUCCCACUGUGCUGGGUUUUGGCUAUUGUUAACAGCACUUUGUUUCUGAAAAACUCUGACUUUUAUAGAGUUGUGGCAGAAUGCAAAGCAUCACUACAACAGAAAAACAACACUGAGAGCGUAUCCAUAGGUCCUUCAACUGAUGCACCAGAAAUGGAAAGUGGAACCAUUUUGGAUCGAACGCCAACACCGGUUCCAACCAGCUCAGAGUUCAUCUCCUGCUUGGACAGCUCAGAAUUCACGAGCCUUAAAUCGGACCUUUCUCCUGGGAGUGUCGAGGAAGCAGAAGAAGCUGAACCAGAUGAUGAAUUCAAAGAUGCUAUUGAGGAACAACAAUUGAUGGCAUUGGAGGAUGAUGAUGUGUCUCAGUGUCCUGUGGAAUACGAAAAUCUCCAGGAUAAUGGGUUCCUAAGUAAGAACGAGGUUAUCAGAAGCAAAGUGUCCAAGCUGACUGAGAAGCUGCGUAAACGAUAUCCUGCCAAUAACUUGGGUACGUGUACUGGUUGCAAUGCUACCUUCUCAGUACUGAAGAAAAGGAGAAGCUGCAGUAACUGUGGAAAUAGCUUCUGUUCGAGAUGCUGUUCGUUCAAAGUCUUAAAAUCUGUUAUGGGAGCCACAGCUCCAGAUGCUCAGAGGGAAACCGUGUUUGUGUGUGCGUUUUGCAACCAAGCAUUAAGCAAGUAGGGAUUGAAUAAUCUCUGCGGACACAACAGCGCAAAAAUAUCUCAGUCACGCUUUAAAUCACCUAUUGGUAAUGGCACUUCGGCUGUGAGCGUGCUGUUUACACUAAUAACCCAGCUUUGUGUUCAUCUGUAACUGUCACUGUGUAUUUAGAGAUUGUUUCUAACUGUUUAAAUGAUGAUGGAAAAUACAGCUUUACCUAAAGGCUUUGUGAAUAUUUACAGAAUAUAUGUGUAUACUAGAAUAUAUUUCAAAAGAGAACAUUGCUUUUAUAUCCUAAAUUCAAAUAAGCAGUCACCUAUGUAGGAAAAUCUCAGUAUCAGUGAUGUGGUCACCUUCCUUUCACAGGUGACUUUAAAAGAGCACAGAAGCCCAGAUUUUUCUGUCACGCAUUUUAGCACCUUGGUUUGCAAAGGGGGGGAUACCUUGCAAACCUAUCCGGCAGCCAAGUGAUUCAACGUUGGAAUUUUUUUAUUUUGUUCUGCAUAGAACAGCUAAACAGUGACCUAUUGAAAUUGAUCAUGUGUUUUAUCACUAUGGUUUGUGUGCACAAAGAUUACAGACUAUUUUCUAUUUUAUUGUUUUUUUAUAUAUAAAACAGCUACACUGUAAUCUAUUGCAAGUAACCAGGUGCUUUAUCACUAUGAUUUGUACGCUCAGAGUUUCCAUACUAUUUUGUUUUUUUCCUUAUUUUUAAGUAUAGUCAUAAAAGACACUAUGAAUUCCUAGGCAAUAAUUUCCUGUUUUCUAAAAUACCAUUUGUUACAGGAUUGAAGAAAUUCAUUCCAAUUGCCCUUUUAAUGUAAAAGUUAGAUCAUUUAUUUUUGAUGCAAAAAAAAAACUUGUAAUGUUUAAAAUAAGUUCUUUUAAAUGAAUAAGCAAAACAGUUAUGCUCAUUUGCUCUUAGAAGGAGAAAAAAGAUUCAUAAGGAAGUGUUGAUUUAGAGCAGAAUCCUCAAACUUGGCCCUCCAGAGGUUUUGGAACUACAUUUCCCAUGAUGCUCAGCCAGCAUACCAAGUUUGAGGGUGUCUGAUUUAGAGUAAUACUUUUAAAAGGAUAUUGAACACCUCGUUCUUUUGCGUAAAACAAAAAAAAUGUGCUUGUCCCACAUUCCCUAGAAAACCUAUGUUACAGAAUUUACAUUUUGACCUCUCUGUGCAACAUAGGACAAGCGUGUUUUUAUUUUUAAUUUUUACAAAAAAGCAAGAGUUAUGUAAUGCCUCUUAAAAGAUGCUGAUUUAAUCAUACAGAUAUUGAAAUAGUCUUUAUUAGUAAUAUGUUUGUGUCUGCACAAUUGAACAGGGAGAAACUGUGAAAUGUAAAAUGAAGUUUUCUAAUUUUCUGAUAGGCCAGAUACCUUGCAUCCUUUAACGAACACAGGUGGGAAUGUAGUAAAAUUGUCUGACAAAAAAGCAACUGUGAGAUUGUUAUCUACUUACUAACAGGUAGGCUUACGCUUAUAUAUAUUUACUUUUAAAGAAUUCUAGCGUCAUGUGCCGAACUAAUAGCGUUAUGUAACUACCCCAGAAAUUACAUUGUUUUAAAUAAAGCACAUAUAAAAUGAUAUCCUAAAAAAUCCUACUAAAGGCGUAGUAGCUUUUACAUGUGUGCAUUAAUUCAUUUUUAUAUAUAAGUUCAUCUUAAAGUGCAGACACAUGCGUGUUUAACAUUUUGUUUUUCCAAUUAAAGGGAUUUAGCAUCUAACAUUGUUAUUAUAAGAUUUUUAUAAGCUGAUUGAUACUUUGAUAAUGGCACAGAACUUGUGUGUAUGUGUGUUUUUGAGUGUGUGUGAGUAUAUAUAUAUAUAUAUAUAUAUAUACACACACAAGUACUGUUCCAUUAUCAAAGUUUCAAUCAGCUUUGAUAAUGGCACAGAACUUGUGUGUGUGUGUAUGUGUGUUUGUGUGUGCGUGUAUAUAUAUAUAUAUAUAUAUAUAUAUACACACACACACACACAUACAGUAUAUGGUUUACGUUCCAGAUCACACUGAACUGUUAAUUCUGAGGUAUCUUCCUCUUGCUAUAUGGAUUUAGACUAGGUUAGUAGUUUUUCUUUGUUGUUUUUUAAUUAAAGAGUAUGUAAGGAGAGACAGAGAAAAUAAAAAUAUGAUUUGAGUAGCUAUCAGAGCUGUGCCCUUUGUUAUAGACUUUGAUGGGUUCCAUAUGGCUCUAAUCUUUAUAGAAACCUUUAUAACUGCGUCUUCCCCUCAUGUUGGGAAUUACUCCAAAAUAAGACAUUGAAGUACUUAACUGUAUGAUGUUAUAUUUUGUCAAUAUUAAGGAAUGACAUAUACUGUAUAUUUAUUUAUUUUGUUAUUGUGGUAUCUGUAUAUCAGUUGUCACGCUGCUUCCAUCACAGAGUAUAAAGGGUUAAGUGCAAUGGUUGUCGAUGACUUACGUAAAAGGAUUUAUAUUGUCUUUUGCUUGUAUUGAUAUAAUUCUGUUUCUUUAAAAGGAAUCUCCCAUCAAAACACAACACUGAAUAUUAAUAUUUAUUUUAGCCAGUGGCUUAUGGUCAGCAGUAGUGUAUUACCUACGGUAAAUGCAUUGUUUCCUAAUAUAUUUUGGUUCAUUUCUUUUUUUUAUUUAAAUGAGUUUCCUUUAUUAAAUUUCUUAAAUUACAAGCUAGAUGCCCAUCACUAGGCUGUUAAUUAUCAUUAUGUUAGUACUGGCUGGUACAUAAAAAAUGCCAAUAUAUUUAGUCACAUAAUGUAUCUCAAAAUAUUAUGGUCACAGCUUAUACUUAUUUCCAAAAGUGUAACAGUAUAAAAGAGCGAAUUACAGUAAUUUGUGGUAACCAUAUGCUGAGAAUGAAUGAUUGCUUGAGUAAAAUAAGAGAGAAUAAUAGCUAUAGAUUUCGAUUCUUUUAUUGCUCUCAGUAUUAUUAAAGGGAUAUGAAACACAAUUUGUUCACGAUUCAGAUAGAGUAUUCGAUUUUAAACAACUUUGUUAUUUGCUUCUAUUAUCUAAUUGGUUUUGUUCUCUUGAUAUCCUUUGUUGAAAAUCAUACCUGGUUAGGCUCAAAGCUGCUGAUUGGUGGCAGCACAUAUAUGCCUCAUGUUAUUGGCUCACCCUUUUGUAUUGCUGCUUCUUCAACAAAGGAUAACAAGGGAACAAAACAAAUUAGAUAAUAGACGUAAAUUGGAAAGUUGUUUAAAUUGUAUUCUCUAUUCUAUCUGAAUAGGUAAAGAAAAAAAUGGGGUUUCAUGUCCCUUUAAAUUUGUUUUUAAAACGCGUUGCAUGAAGUUAUGUAAUUUUGUUUUCAUAGUGAUCAGUUGCCUUUCAAGAAGGACCAGAAUGCACUUUAAUUAAAUUUGGUGAUAACCUCUAGAUAUUAAUUUUGAAACAAAGCUGCGCUCCACAAAACAGUAGUUUGUUAUUUAAUCUGUGACUCCUCUUGAUCAAGGUAUCCUCAAAAAUAACAAAUAAAAUAAAAAAGCUAAAUAUUUGUUUAAAAUGAAUGUCACUCACCAAUUAGCCCACUAGUGCAGUGUCAGCCACAACCCACGGGCGUGAGCACAAUGUUAUCUAUAUGGCUCACAUGAAUAACCAGUCUCUUGUUGUGAAAAGCUAAUUAAAAAAAGCAUGUGAUAAGGUUUAUAUCAAUAUAACCAUUUUGGUUGUGCAAAACUGGGGAAUGGGUAGUAAAGGCGUUAUCUAUCUUUUUAAACAAUAAAAAAUUUGGUGUUGACUGUCCCUUUAAACAUAGCAAUUUUAUUAUAAUUUUGUAAUAUGUAAAUUAUUGAGAAGCAGAUGAUCUCCAGCUGUUGGUGUUUCCUUUAUCAUUGUUUUUUUUUGAUGGGAUAUUCCAUUUAACCUCAAUUUGUGUUCAAUGUGUUUACUUUUCUUAGUCUAGGGUAGGUAAUGUCAUGACCAUGAGAUACAAACUUUGACCUUAAACUGUGUCUGUUAACCUUUUAAUGCCAUAGUAUUCCGUCACAACGGCACUGGGCUUUAAAGCCGUUAUGACGGAAUACAACGUCAUCGCAAACGGCUGUCCUGAAGCCUACUAGACUUGCAGAAUUUGAUCGCGGUCUGGAGGGUGUUCCUAGCGUCUUAGGGCAGUGCUUGACAAAUCUGUUUAAAAAUUAGGAGCCAGUAAGAAUAUUUAGGAGCCAGACAGUGGGAUUUGUAUAUAGAUAUAUGGAGAAUAACCAAAAAAGUUAGGAGCCAGGGUUAAAAUUCUAGGAGCCAGUGGCUCCCAGGCUCCUGGGUUUGUCGAGCCCUGUCUUAGGGACGCCCCCCAGACCCGAUCCCAUAAUUGAAAUCUCGCAAUCUUUUGCACGAUCGCAUGAUUUCAAUUUGUCUACAUCGGAACGCUGUUCCGAUGUAGACUUUUUAACCCGGUCAUGAAAGGGUUAAAAAAGAUAUUGACUAUGUAUUUGUUAUUCUAGAUUGAUGAGUGGUAGUGAGCCUGUGGCACACAUUUGCUAGUACUGUACCUCUGGUCUGCCACUAUACUAUCUAGUUACAUCACCUACAAUCAUAAUACUUAAUAAUUCUUUUUUUAUUAUGAAUCCAUGACUUGUUGAUAUAUAUUGUGGAUUUAAAAGAAAAGAAUACUUUACUGAUUUUAGGUGCCCCAUUAUAUUUAGAAAAAUGUACCAUGGACACUCAAGGCUUUUAAAAGAUUAUAGCAAUUUGAGCACACACAAAAAGGUUUCCCACCCCUGUUCUAAUAUGUUAUCUGUAAAACACAACACAGGAUUUUUAUGGCUACUUGAAAAGCAAAUAUUAAUCUACAAUCAUUCCAAGAUGUUUAAAAUACUAAUACAAAGAAGUUAUAUUCCACUAAAUAGGAACAGAGGCACAGAUUCACUAAAAUGUAACAGGAUGAGCAACUUGGAAUAAUGUGGUCUCUCAAAUGAGUAUUCACUAAAUUGGGGCUCGACAAACAAAGGAGCCCAGAGUUUUACCCCACUCGCUCCUAACUUUUGAGCUAUUCUACUAUAUAUAUAUAUAUAUAUAUAUAUAUAUACACACACAUACCUAAAUAUAUCAUUGUAUUGCAGAAGAUACUGUAUAAAAUCCUAUAUCUUCCAUUCUUUUCUUUUUUAAAAAGGGACAAGAAAAUUUGAAAUAAAGUUUUCCUAAAUAGCGUGUGCUUGAUAUUUACUAAAAUGUGUAUACCCUUAUGUCAAAAAGUCUUUCUUUUGGCUAGGUAAAGGUUUUAUAAAUAUGUUUGUAGAUGCCAGCCUAUUAAACAGAUAUACCGUGCAUGUGCGAAAGCUGAUGAUGUAAUUUAAACUCACAGCACAUGUGCAACAGCCAACACAUGCUGUGCUAUGCUAGCGGAAAUUGUUAUCAUUGCUAAAACUCUCUCUCUCUCUCUCUCUCUCUAUAUAUAUAUAUAUAUAUAUAUCUUUUUCUCUGUCUCUCUCUUUUUCUAUCUCACUUUUUCUCUUUCUCUCUUUCUCUCUCUCUUUCUCUCUCUCUCUCUCUCUCUCUCUCUCUCUUAUAUAUAUAUAUACUGUUUAAUAUCCCUUAAAUUGAUAGAGAUAGUUUCCCAGAUUACAGAACUGGAUUUACAUUGUCCCUCUCAAAACUGCUAUGCAUUUCAUACUUUAAUUACUGGAGAAAAAAUAUUAGCAACGCCAUUAUUUUAAUUAUAAAAUAUAGUGCAACAUAAUAAUCUUAUGCUGAUGGCAAACUUCUUGCAAAAUUUAAAACAACAUUAAACAUUUAAUUGCUUGCACCACACUACCUAAAGAAGCCAAAAAGUAAAUUCUGGGACUCGCAAAUGCUGCAAAUCAAAUAGCAGGUUACAAAUUUUACUUUUUUUUUUCUUCUUUUUUUUUCUCUCUACGAUCGUGGGACAAAACACAAUUUGUACACAUAAGGAUUUCAAUGACCCUUUAAGCAAAAUUGUUUUAGGGAAAACUACAAUGCAGAUCAUAAUAAACAUAUACAAAGACCAUCAUUUUAGUGGAGAUCAGCCUUGAAAAAUAUUAUAUAUUAUAAUGAUAAUAUGUAUACAUACACAAUAAGACACAGAUGCACUCGCACACAUACACUUUUGUACAUUCACAAAUAUUUGUAAAUAUAUACUUUAAUUAUAGGAAAAUAUUCCAAUAUAUUGUCUUUGUUUUAACAAUUGUAACAAACUUCAUAGAAAGUUAUGAGUGCUAAGAAUGUAUUUAUUAUAUUUAUUCUGAUUAAACCAGGAAAAGAAACUAACUGUACUUGCUUACGUAUUCAUAUUUUAUUAGUGUUCAACAAUACUGUUUUAUUACUGUUUAACAUUUUUUUACCAUGAUUUAGUUUUUUUCAAUGUGGGCAUUAUUUAAAAAAAUAGAGCUGAAAAUGUCAUCUUUUUUUUUUCUGCUAUACUGAUUAAAAUUUAGAUACUGAUUACAAUGUAUAUGCAGAUAAGUUCUGGUAAUUUUGUAAUUUUUUAAAUUAAAUGUUAGACAUUUGCCUGGAAAUUAAUUUUUUUAUAUUUUGUGCUGUUGACGUACAGUUAUUGGUGUGUUUAGUUGAUGUAUUUUGUAGUUACCACAUACAUAUCUUAAAGGAACAUAAAACAUGUUGGGUUAGAGACAAAAUAUAAUAUGUACUUUGAUUACUUUACCUGCAAAUUUAUACUGCAGUGCCUCGCCAUUAACCCUUUAUUUUAAGUUUCUUAAUUGUACAGCUCUAACUCCCCCCACACAAUUCCUUCUGUGGCUGUAUCUAUAUCCACCUUUGUUUUGGUAGAUUGCAAGACUUUAAAGGGAUAGGGAAGUCAAAAUUAAACUUGCAGGAUUCAGAUUAUGUCAUUUUGAGUCACUUUUAAACUCAUUUCUAUUUUCAAAUGUGCGUCGUUCUCUUAGUAUCCCUUGUUAAAAAAUGAAUACGCACAUAUCCUACACUAGUGGUAGCUGCUGCUAAUUGGUGGCUGCACACAUUUGUCUCUUGUAAUUGGCUAACUAGAUGUUUUCAGCUUCCUGUCAGUAGUACAAUGCUGUCCCUUCAGCAAUGGUUAACAAGAGAAUGAAGCAAAUUUGAUAAUAGAAUUAAAUUGGAAAGUUGUUUAAAAUCGUAUGUUCUAUCUGAAUCAUAAAAGAAAAUUUUGGGGUUUACUAUCCCUUUAAUACUCAGUAUCUGCUGGAGCAUGUCUAGAAGCAAAUAAGCUGAUGUGAACUCAGUUGAAAUACAAUGCCUAUGUUUCUGAUGCUAAACAUUGAUAAGGGGGGUGGAUCAGUCUAAUCCAGACAAUGUGGCUAUGUAACUAAUUUUGCUUAUUUUUGGAAAAUAUUUUAAAAUACUUGCCAGCAAUUUUUAAACAUUUUUGUAUGCAUGCUAUUUUUAUUUAAUUCGCCCUUUUAGGAUAUGCACAGAUCUCAACAUGUUUUAUGGCACUUUCAUUUCUAUAUUUUGUUUUUUUGUUGGACGCAUAACAUAAUUACAUUUGUAGAUUCUAUACCAGUUGCAAAGUGUAUUGAUUACUAUUUACAAAAGUCCUUCCUAUGUUUUUUUAUUUAGAAGUUUAAUAAAAGUAAAUAUUGAAAAGUUUAUUUAAUUGAAUUAGCUUUUCAAUUGAAUAUAAUCUACUCUUUAUUUGGAAAAUAUAUUGGAGAAAUAUAAAUUAUGAUAUUGUAAAUAACUAAUGUUUAAUUAAGGGUAUUUGAGAAGAAUAUUGGUAAUGUCUGUAUAUUUGUUAUUUCUAUACUGAAUAGCUUUAUGUGGGAAAUUAAUAAAAUGUAAAACUUGCAAUCAAA